UUAUCAAAAAAUUUGUUGAUUUCCCUGAAUUUAAUAAAUUUUGAAGGAAAUAUUCCGUAUUUAAGGUUAAAAAUAGCAAAAAUCUACAAAAGAAUUAUCAGUAUUUGAGUUGAAAGUAUUAGAUUUUUAUCGAACAGCGUAAAAAAUGAGCGGAGAACAAGAAAAUACUUGGAGAACUCCAAACUUUCGUACGAGUGUCGUAAAUAAAAUAAACGAAGCCAUUGUCCAAUCGGGCAUGACAUCGGCGAAGAAUAGCAUCGAUAUGGAGAAUCAUGUGUACCAAAAGUCGCGCACGAAAGAUGAGUACCUCAGCUAUGUGGCACGUCUUAUCUUGCAUGUCCGCGAAAUGAACAAGUCGAAAGGCGCUCAAAAUCAGCAGCAAACGGGUCAAAAUCCGAAUGCGCAAGAUCCGACGCAACAAAUGACGAAUCAGCAAGCGCCAAAUCCGCAGCAACAAGCACCUGGCAACAUGGGAGGCAUGCAAGAUCCCAUCAACGCGUUACAAACACUCGCGACGCAAGGCACUCGAGGUCCUCCGGGUCCGCCAAACAUGAUGGGAGGCGUUCCGCAGCAGCAGCAGCAACAAAAUCAGCAACAACCGCCAUCGAAUUUGCUUCAAUCGCUUACGCAACAACGCCCAAUGCAAGGAAUGAAUCCCCAAAUGGUCGGAAUGCAACAACAGAGACCCGUUAUGCCGGGAGCUGUUGGUCAAAUGAGCGGCGGAAACAUGACGAUGAAUAUGCAGCAGCAACAACAACAGCAUCAAGGUCAAAUGAUGGGCGUUAUGAAUCAAGGAAUGGGUCCUCAAGGUCAAAUGCAACACGCAGGCGCCGGCGGACAAAUGAUGAAUCCCCAAAUGGCAUCGCAAAUGGGCGGAAUGAAUCCCGGAGGAAUGGUUUCGAUGCGACAACCUGUCCCGGGAGGCAUGAAUCCCGCGAUGAUGCAACAACAACAACAGCAAAUGGCAGCAAGUCAAGGUCAAAUGAACCCCAUGAUGAUGAAUCCGAAUAUGGCACGUACGCCAGGCGUUCCUUCGCCAAUUAAUCCGAUGUCGCAGCAAGGAAUGAUACCGUCGCCAGCAAUGGUUGCGUCUCCAAAUCCGCAGGGAAUGAUGAAUAGACCGCAAAUUAUCACGCCGUCGCCAUCGCAACCGUUGAAUACGCCAAUGAGACCCGGAGAAACAGCGCCAAGUCCCUUAAAUCCGCACGAUGAGCAACUUUAUCGCGAGAAAUAUCGACAAUUGACGAAAUAUAUUGAGCCCUUGAAGCGGAUGAUUACUCGAAUGGGCAACGAUGAUGGAGAUCGUUUGCAAAAAAUGAAGAAAUUACUCGAAAUUUUGUCGAAUCCCAAUAGUCGGAUACCGUUGGAGACGCUGUUGAAGUGCGAAACUGCUUUGGAGAAUCAAUUGGGGGCAUUUAAGGAACAUACGAUCAAUAAUCCGUUGUUGGAAGCCAUAAGUGCGAAUAUGCAAACUCCAUUGGCGAAUCAUACGCUUCAACGAACGUUUCGUCCUUGCUUGGAAUCACUUUUUGGAUCCGAUAUCAAAACAAUUCCCCUUCCAUCUCGUCUCAAACGCAUGAAGCUCGAAGAAGACACGCAAAAUGAAGAAUCUGGUCCCGAAAUCUCUCACAUCUUACAAGGAGAAAUCGCCCGUUUGGAUUCCAAGUUCAAAAUCACUCUCGAUCCCGCUGCCUGUGCCGGAAGCAAGAGUGUCAAGCUCAUUUGCUGGUUAGAUGACAAACAUUUGCCGUGUGUGCCGCCAAUUAACGUCACUAUUCCUCGCGAUUACCCGAAAUCGUCGCCCGAAUGCUUCGUCGAGAGCGAAUACGAAGGAACAGAUUUCCUAAAAACCGUUCAACAAGCCUUAACUGCUCGAAUUCUAAAACUUCCGAAAAUUUUUACACUUUCUCAGUUACUCGAUACGUGGGAAAUGGCAUUGCGUCAAGCUUGUGCCCCGAAAUUGGUUGCUCCGACACAAGUUGGUGUCAUUAUGAAUGUUUAA